AUGGAGUCAGGCCCAUAUACCACUAUCUCUGAGUUCCUCCUUCUUGGACUAUUUGAGGGUUCAGAACAUCAGCAACUGUUCUUCUGGCUGUUUCUAUUCAUGUAUCUGGUUACUGUGAUUGGAAACCUUCUCAUCAUCAUGGCUGUUGUUUCUAACACUCAACUCCAUACCCCUAUGUACUUCUUUCUAGCCAAUUUAUCUUUUGCUGAUAUCAACUUCAUCUCUACAACAGUCCCCAAAAUGUUGGUAAAUAUACAAAUUCAGAAUAACUCCAUCUCUUAUUCUAACUGUCUGACACAGUUAUAUUUUUUUAUCAUGUUUGGGACUGUAGAUGAGUUUCUCCUGGCAACAAUGGCAUAUGACCGCUAUGUGGCCAUCUGUCACCCACUCCAUUAUGCAAUAGUGAUGAGUCCUCAGCUUUGUUUCCUGUUGAUUUCAAUUACAUGGGUUGUUAAUGUUCUUCAUUCCCUCUUACAUACAUUGUUGAUGAAUGAACUAGUCUUCUGUGCCAAAAAUGAAAUUCCCCACUUCUUCUGUGACCUUAAUCCUUUGCUGAAGUUGUCCUGUUCAAACACCUUCAUUAAUGAGUUAAUGAUUCUCACAGUUGGUGGUCUUGCAGGUCUCACUCCUUUCUUCUGUGUCAUAAUCUCUUAUGUGUAUAUAGUCUUAGCCAUAUUAAGGAUCCCAUCUGCUAAAGGGAAGCAGAAAGCCUUUUCUACCUGCAGUUCCCACCUUUCUGUAGUAUCUCUCUUCUUUGGGACUGUCUUUGGAGUCUAUUAUAGCCCUUCAUCCAACCACUCAGCCUACAGUGAUACAAUUGCAUCUGUAAUGUACACAGUGGUGACCCCAAUGCUAAAUCCUUUUAUCUAUACCCUAAGAAACAGAGAUAUGAAAGCAGCCUUAGGGAGGCUCUUUUAA